UCGCCCGAGGCCCCCUCCGCGCGGCUUUCCACUGCCUCCUCGCUCUCGGCGGUCAGAGAGGGCCGGAGCGAGAAGAUGGCGAAGACGUACGAUUAUCUGUUCAAGCUGCUGCUCAUCGGCGACUCCGGCGUCGGCAAGACCUGCCUCCUGUUCCGCUUCUCAGAGGACGCCUUCAACACCACCUUUAUCUCCACCAUCGGAAUUGAUUUUAAAAUCAGAACCAUAGAGCUCGAUGGAAAGAAAAUUAAACUUCAGAUAUGGGACACAGCAGGACAGGAAAGAUUCCGAACAAUUACAACAGCAUACUAUAGAGGAGCCAUGGGAAUUAUGCUGGUCUAUGACAUCACCAAUGAAAAAUCCUUUGACAAUAUUAAAAACUGGAUAAGAAACAUUGAAGAGCAUGCCUCUUCAGAUGUUGAAAGAAUGAUCCUGGGUAACAAAUGUGAUAUGAAUGACAAAAGACAAGUGUCAAAAGAAAGAGGGGAGAAGUUGGCAAUUGACUAUGGUAUUAAAUUUCUGGAGACAAGUGCAAAAUCCAGUACAAAUGUAGAAGAGGCAUUUUUUACACUUGCACGGGAUAUAAUGACAAAAAUGAACAGAAAAAUGAAUGACGGCAAUUCUUCAGGAACAGGCGGGCCAGUGAAAAUAACAGAAAACCGGUCCAAGAAGACCAGUUUCUUCCGCUGUUCGCUGCUUUGAUGAACUCUUCAUUUCUGAGAGACAGCAGUACACCUCGAGGGCGCUUCCCUGCUUCUCUGAAAGCGCAGGUUACACAGCCUCAGAGUCACCUGCCUGGCUGCUGCGGAGAGCACCACGGAACUCUAGACCUCUCAACACAGAAUGCCAAGUGGAUUCCAGCCUCACGGCCUAGCAAAAGAACGGGCUCCUUUCUUCAGACAUGGAAGCAAUGAUGUGGAGACACACACAGGACCUAACUGGUUUUUCCUUGUUUUACUGCCUGUCCUGGAAGCUGCUAUCUUUCUUUGCACAUGAGUGUCAGCCUUUCCCUGGUACAGCAUAAUCUUAGACUCCUAAUAGAGCACUUUAGUGGCAUGAAGUUCUAGACUUACAUAUUUGAAGAUGUUUAAAGAGAGCAGAGCAUUAAACAGAGGUUGAUCUACUAAAAUUAAAGGAUGGUUGGCCUGCAUCAUACGGCCAAAGUUCUUCUUUUGGUAGCAUUCAUUUGGUAGUGUUCUUAAAAAUCAUUAAAUUUUCAUAACAUUUCAGAUUCAUAAAAAUGGCUAUCUAUUCACCAGAGGCCAUGUCAUCUUCAUCUUUUCAGGUGGUUAUCAGCCUUGCUCAUCCCUGAGUUCUGUAUCCCUUUCAAAGUCAACUGCCACUGCCUCCUGUCUAGAAACAGGAUGUAGGAAGCACUCCAGUCUCACUGUCUCUGAGGGUUAUAUUUGCUGUCCCUUCUGCUUGACUUCCUGUCAUUACUCAUUUGUCUAAAACCAGUAAUAUAUGCAAGCUCUGCUGUGUCUGUCUGUGAACUUCAUAACCUGAGAUUUCACAUAGGGAGAGAAAUAGUCACUAGGGGUUAAUUUCCACAUCCAGCUGUGGUCUUGUCACAUCAGAAUAUGUAAUAUAUUCUUUCUGAGUUUCACCCAUUUAUUCUUAUUACCUAAUUCUUAACCACAAUCCCUGUCUGUGAGAGGUAACAAGGAUUAGAUUUAGAUUUUAGUUUGCAGAAAACAUACCUAUACAGAGAGAGAGAGUAAACAUGUUGGUAUAGUUUUAAAGGAUAGCUAUUGGUCAUGCUGAAAUUAACAACUUUUUGUUCUGUGUGGGGUUAAAAAAAAUAAAGGUAAUUAGACUAGUACAUCCUCCAGAAAUCUUGUCUUUUCAUUAGAGAACAUGUGAUCCAGGUUUCGGCUUUCAAAUAGCCAUUGCUGAGUAUAUAUGACCGAGCCCUAUGCAUGUAGGUUGGUCGUUAGAGAAGUGAUAUGGCCAUCCGGCCCAAAGCCAACCCAAGGCUUCACUGCCUCUCUCACUGAAUGCUAGAGUUCAGAAGUUUCUUCUGUGGGUGAAACCACCACACUCUGUAUGUGUGUGUGUGUGUGUGUGUUGGGGGGGGGGGUAUUUUAGUGUUAACCUUUGUGCCAAAUACAGAUGAUCAUGUCACUGCUGUUGUUGUAGCCUUCCAUGUCUAAACACAGAGGGCAUAAAAACAGGUGACAGCAGCAGUCACCACCCACCCCUUGAGCUGUCCCUAAAGAAUUGGAGAUGGAAGUGGACAUGGAUAGCUGGUUACACAGACAACUACGCUUCAGAUUCAGAUCUGUGGCUUCAGUGCUUGGGCCAGUCAGGGUUUCCCAUCUGUUGGAACACUCAGAAGCAUUCCAGUGGCUGUACGCAUACCAGAGUUGUUUUUGGUGGAUACCCUGACUUUACUAUUGACAAACUUGAGCCUUUCCUUCUUUUUCCCUAGUUACCUGUUGGCUUAAAGUCACAUAUUACUGUCCCAGUGUAAGCAGUUCUCUCCUUGAGAACUGAUUAUAAGUCUAACAUCUUCAAAUUAAAUACAUUUUGAAAAGAACCUGUAUUUUCUUAGAAAUGUAAAAACUUUUUUCUGGAAAAAAAAAGUUCAGGCAGUUACAAUGUAAAAAACUGCUUUGCAAACAGCAUGAGCUGUGACACCAUGUGCGAAUGUAAUUCUCUUCACAGUUACCAUGACUGAACGCUUUGUUUCUAUCUCAGGGGUUGUCCGCAAACCAAAACUGACAUGUUCUGUGGUCAGUUUUUGUUUUUUAAACAGAAUGCUUUGCUUUUGAUUUCUUCACUCCUCUGUGUCUUUUAUGGGUUAAUAACUAGUCUCCAUGAACUUCUCGUUGAAAGAGCCCGUAAAUGUUAGGUGAGUCUAAAAGUACUCUUUGAAGUAGCAGCAAACUGGGAGUAUAUCCUCUGUUAUAUAGAAACAAAUUGUCCUUGCUAUUUUCUUACAUUUAGCUUCUCUAAAUUGUAUAUAAUUUGAGCUCAGGCCAUAGGAAAUUCACUUUCUGCAUGGUAAAAACAAUCCAACAAAUAUUCUACUUUGCUUAGUAAUGUACAUAUGGUGCAUUAUUUUUUCUAUUUGUAGAUGAAUUUAGCAACAGAUAAUUGUCUGUUCCCUGCUGAGACUAAAGAAAUCUAGGUGUGUGUGUGUGAGAGAGAGAGAGAGAGACGGAGAGAGAGAGAGAUAGAACAUUUCUGUGGUCUUACAGAUAGGGUACAUAGAGAUUUUUGCAGCAGUAUUAGUGGGUCGGUGGCUGCACUUUAUUAUUAUUGUGCUAAUUUUUGACAACGACUGGACUCGAAAUUUUCCGAUAGAGCCUGGGGUCUCAGACAGUGAAAUGUGCUGUAACAGUAGCAUGUGAAGCAGCUGGUUGUAAAAUAUUUCACUGGGAACUUAUUCAGACAGAUGAUGAUGAGGCGAUCUGCCUGUGCAUCAGUUGGUACCACGGGGCCUCUUUCUGUUCACGAGGACAUUUUAUGUAGUCUUUGUUAUAAAUUUCCUGAUGACUAUAGUCUUUACUUUGAAGAACUUUUUUUUAAUUAUACCUCAUUUAGCUAACUAAAAUUCUAAUAACUGGUAGAAAAACAGUGAGUAUCCAACCAAGUUUAGACUGCAUGUUUUGUUUUGUCUUGUUUUGAACUGAAGGAAAAGAGAAGUAUGAUACCUUUGUUUUGAAUAAAGCAUGUACAUCCAUACCCAGUAGCAUACAAAAAAAAAAAAAAAUGACUGCCCUGUCCAUUAAUGAAUUUACUUGUGCAAUAUACAUGGAUUGUUCUGUGGUUUACAAGUAAGAAAUUGUAACUGCGUUUUUCAGGCUCCAAAUUAGGGCUUAUGAAGUGUCUUCCUAUGAGCAGUAAAAGAACAAAUUAAGCAGACUUUCUUUUCAAACUUGUGACUUAGAUUCUGUUAUAAAUAUAGUUCUUAAUCUCUAAAAAUGAGAUUCUAAGCCUAGAAUUUUAAAACCACAUUUCAUUAUGUUGGUUUACUGAUCUCAAAAUUUCUACAACUUGAUUUUUUUUUUUACUUGAAAAUAAAAAAACUAAACAAAACAAAGAGACCUUUCUUUAUCUUUCUCAUCACAUCCAAAGACAGAGAGGACUGUGUGAAAAUGAGAUCCCUUGAUUCAGAAGAACAUAGCAGGCCAGUAUAUACUAAUAAAAUUUAUGGAUGUCAUGUUCAUUAGGAGAAAAACUAAACCACUGAGUACAGAAAUGAAAAUCAGCAAGCACUUGUUUUAAGGAUUUUCUAAAUUUUUCUUUGUAUCCUGAAAUAUGUGCCAUAUGCCAAGAACUUACAGAACUUCGUUUUUCAUCUUUGUACUUUUUUUUAAAGUAAAUUUAUGGUCAUUCAUUGCUCUGGCCUUACAGAUGGGUUUGUCUUGACUGUUUACAGCUGAUGCUGUAGUUUCUCUAAUGCAAAAUGCCGUGAACUGUUUUAAGUAAAGUCAUGCCCGCCUGUUGUGUGAACUGUGGAGUUUCUUCAUAGACUUUUUCUUGUGUGCUUAAACAUAUUUUAUUUUGCUUCAGUGGCUUACUGUGGAAAGCUCCCAUGGGUAGUAUGAUCCUGCCAUCUGGCUGGUCUGUUGAAGCCGGUUCAUUAACUGUACUGAUACUCAUGCUAUGUUUUUUAAAAAUGGAUUUUAUUCCAGGUGAACCUUUUUUUUUUUUUACAAUAAUGUUCAUCUAAAAUAAAAACUACAUGAUGAAA